AUGCCCAACUUCUCUGGCAAUUGGAAGAUCAUCCGGUCGGAAAACUUCGAGGAUUUGCUCAAAGCGUUGGGGGUGAAUGUGAUGCUGAGAAAGAUCGCCGUGGCUGCAGCAUCCAAGCCAGCAGUGGAGAUCAGACAAGAGGGAGAGACUUUCUAUAUCAAGACCUCUACCACCGUGCGUACCACUGAGAUUAACUUCAAGGUUGGGGAAGAGUUUGAGGAGCAGACUGUGGAUGGGAGACCCUGUAAGAGCCUGGUGAAGUGGGAGAGUGAUAACAAACUGGUCUGUGAGCAGAGGCUUCUGAAGGGAGAGGGUCCCAAGACCUCCUGGACCAGAGAAUUGACCAAUGAUGGAGAGCUGAUCCUGACCAUGACGGCAGAUGACAUUGUGUGCACCCGGGUCUAUGUCCGAGAGUGA